AUGGUCGUCCCAACAACCUCAACAGUCAAGAAGUCAACUACUACCACUAAAAAGGUUGCUGCCACCAAGAAGGUUUCGAUCCCAGUCAUCGAAAAGCAACCAAUCAUCGAAGAAAAUAUAGAAGAGGAAGUUGUUGCUGCUCCAGUAGUCGCUAAACCAACUAAAAAGACUUCAACAAAGACUUCUGCAAAGACUGUUGCUGUUCCAGCUCCAGCUCCAGCUCCAGUUGUUGAAGAACCCAAAAAGACUACUACAGCUGUUGCAAAGAAGGCUGCUGCCACCAAGAAGGUUGCUGCUGCUCCAGUUACACCAGUCGUCGUAGAAGAGAAAAAGGUUGAAGUCGUCGCUGCACCAACCACAACUAAAAAGACAACAGUAGCACCAAAGAAACAAGUUGUCGAAAAGAAGAGAAAGGUAGAUGAUGUCGUAGAAGAAGAAAAGCCAUUGGAAGGAGAAACACCAGCCUUUAAUUUGUUAUAUAGUCAACAUCAUCACUCUAUCAAAGCUCAAGUCAUGUUACAUAAAAUCCCACAUCAAUACAUCAACCUCGACAUUACCUCUACUCGUUUUGUACUAGAUACCAAAAACUAUUCUAAAAAAUAUGUAAUUAAUGAACCAUUCCCAAUGGAUUUGAAAGUAGAUGAAACAAAGGCUGAAGCCAAAUUCGAACAAGGUGUUUUAACUGUAUUUAUUCCAGUUGAUGGUCCAAAACCAAAGGGAUCACAUAUUGAUAAAAAGACUAAAUCUAAAAGAGAAGAAGAAGCAGAAAAACCAAAGAGAUUAAAAUCUAAAAAGGCAGCCAAGCCAAACAAGGCAAAGGUACCAGUUGUUAGUCAAGCAAAUGCUGACUCUUACCUCAAGCAAAGUGUAAAGAACUCAUUGGAAAAGAAGGCCAACAAAAAGGCCAAGUUUGCAUCUGAAGAAUCGGCAAAUGAAAUUGCCAAGAACCUCUCUGCCAAACAAGAGCAGGUUGCCAACACCAAGAUUGCCGCUGAAAAGAAAAAGAUCCAAGACGCAAAGGACGAAGUAAAGGCAAAGGAAGACAAGAGAAAGGAAGCUAUGGAAAAGAAACAACAAUUAAUGGCUGACCUCAAGAAAAAGGCAAAGGGUACCAGAAAGGAACAAGCUGCUCUUUCAACUCCAACAAAAUCAACUUCAAAUAAGAAAGUAUCUUUUGAAUAA